AUGAGCGAUGCUCCAGUUGUGUUGCGUUCGCGGAUAUCCAAGUCUUGCGAUGAAUGUAAAGCCCGCAAGGUCCGAUGCAUCCGUGCGCGCCCGGAUUCUUUGCAGUGUAAUAAUUGUCUUCGGCGAGACCAGACAUGCCAUUUCAGCCAUACAAAGCGGAAAUUGAAAGUCAAAGACACCGAAGAUCCGUAUUCUAGAUCGACGCCACAAUCGCCAGUUGAAGCAGAACAACAUGAUACACCGCCAAAUUCGAAAAAUCAACCCCCAAAGCUAUAUGUUGAUCGGCUUUUGGAAAAUCGUGAUACUCAUGGAAUCGGCGAGCUGAGGUUUGAAGCAUGCGUCAUCAAGGAGAAAGUUUCGGUGAAAUAUCUUCCCUUCGAGUUCGGUAUCACUCUAUCUGACUGUUUCUGUGCAGCAACCAGUUCUAGUCUCGCGUUUUUCUCCGAAAGCAGAAUCCGGUCAUUGACUUCACGCAUCGGCCAUGACAGGCUGCGAGAGAUUGUUGAGGCCAUUGGCUCACUAAUCAAUGCUAGAAUGAAUCGCAAAGACGAAGAUACAAAAACAAUGUUUCGUUUUUCUCCGAUUACUUUCAAGGGACCCUCUACGCCAGUGGAAGUGGCCCCAGAAGCUGCAAGAGCAUAUAUCGAAGCAUAUUUCAAGCAUGUCCACCCGAUUCAUCCUUUUCUUGACCGUGUGGAAUUCGAGCAGAAAGCCUUGAGUUAUGACCUGCUUCACCAUCUGUCUUCGAAUGCCGCUUUUUCCGCUCUUUAUCACACAGUGCUUGCGAUGGGAGCUCAAUACACAGAAGGUGGAUCUUUUGAGGCUGGUCAAGGCAAACCAUGGAAACUGUAUCAAGUUGCCUUGGGGCUUUUUUCAGACAUUCUCCUUCCCAGAGAAUCUCUAGUGAACUUGCAGGCAUUGACUGCUAUGAUCAUCAGCGAUAGUGAUAUAGGCUGCCCUAUUCCAGAGAUACCGGAAGCAGUACAUGGAGGUGUCGACUGGUUUUAUCUAUUUGCGCGCUUUGCUAGGUUGAUAUCCCGGGCUUAUGAAAUGCUCUACACGGUUUCUGCUACGACCAAGACACCCGAGGAGUUCUAUGAAGCGAUCGAUAUGGUAUAUCAAGAUCUGGAAAAUUGGCGACUAUCGGUACCCAAGGACCUUAGGCCCGGGGACCCCUUUCGACCCGAAAGUUGUAAAUCUCCCUGGACAGUCACCGUUUCCUUAAAAGCUCACUUCUUUUACGCCUCCUUGGUCAUGUCCCUCUGUCGACUUACGUUGCAUCUUGGGGCUGGGACAGAGUCCCCUCGAAUGGAAGAAGCCAAGAAGAGACUAAUGUAUACAGCAAGGCACAUUAUCGGUCUGACGCAUUACAUUGACUUGCAACCCCAUACUUCAAUCUGGAUACUCGGCGUGAUGCCUCUCUCGGCUCUAUUUGUUCUGUUCGACUUCGUGGUCCAUAACCCAUACCACCCGGAAAGCAGCACAAACCUUACAUUUUUGGAUGUUGUGGGCGCAUAUUUCACUCGCCUGGAGUAUUCUACUGGCGGUUCACUCCCUAGCUCUCUGGUGGCAGAAUUUGCUCUCAUCGCGCGGCAAUUCAUCCGUGACAUCCAAUUAGGGAACAGCAAUAGGAAUGGAAGCGCGAUUGCCAACACUCAGUACCAACUGCCCGCUAGGGACAAGCAAUACGACGAACCUAUCAGGCCCUAUGAUCAGGUACGUGCGGUAAGCCAACCCUUGAUCUAUCAACAGUCCCAAAUGCCACAGAUAGAGCAAAUGCCGGCUGCAGCACAACAAGUCGUGACCGAGGACUCUAUGGGUUAUGUUGAUCAGCUAUUUUAUCCCACUGAUGAUCUGCAACCAUUCAUAACUGGUGAUCUUGGCUCAGGGUUUGAUAUAACGGGUUUAUUCGACACCAUGCUACCUAAUUUUCAAAUCUAG